AUGAGGAGAAAAUCAGCCUUUUUCAGCCUCUAUGCCCCAAUCCACGGUUACGUGUGCGUUGGUCUGUGUGUAUUUGGAAUUCUCACGAAUAUUGUGCACGUCGUCGUGCUGUCGCGACCGGUGAUGCGAAAGUCGGCAGUGAAUUGUGUGCUGACAGCGGUCGCCAUUUGUGAUGUCGGCACUAUGGCCACCUAUCUCAUCUACAUCUCUCACUUUGUCGUACGACGGCAAACUACCUGUAGUCCAACAUUUACUCAUGGAUGGAUGCAGUUUCUACAAUGGCACGUAAUGCUCAGCAUCACGUUACACACUACUUCACUUUGGUUAGCAGUAGCGAUGGCGUUUAUCAGACGAAUGACCCUGCGGGUAACUCGGUUGAAC